AUGGAAAAGACUAGACAUACUAAACACGCGUGUGAUUCUUGCCAAAAAAAAAAAAAAAAUGUAACCGUUUUGGAUACACCUGUCAAAGGUGUAUGGAUUUUGGCAUUCAAUGUAAAUAUUCCCCUCAUAAAAAAAGAGGAAGACCCAGUAAAAAACGUUAAUCAGACUACUACUAAUAAUAAUGUUGGAUUGGAAAUUGAAACAUCUAAUUCUGGUAAUUUCCUUGAGUCAAAUGAAAAUUGUUCAGAAACAAUUUAUCCGGGCAGUUCCUCCCAAACAAAUAACUUCCCUCAACUGAAUGAUUUACAUGGUUCUCAAAAGAAUGAUUUAGUGAAUGACUUCUCUUUUACAAAUAAUUCUAUACAUAGUUUACCUCAAGAAAACAAUUUAGUGAAUUAUUUCUCUUUUGCAAAUGGUUCCACUCAAGAGAAUAAUUUCUCUUUUAUAAAUAGUUUCCCUUAUGGUUAUCACAAUUCUAAGUUCUGA